AUGGAAGAUGACGAUUUGUGCCCAGUUGAAGUAAUCAUCAAAGGAAGGAACUCUGAAGUUGCAGAAACCAGGAGUGGUAAGAAUUUCAAGAAUAAGAAUCUAAUGGUGGAAAAAUAUCAGUCUAACCAGCUAAGUCCAAGUGUUGAACCGGAAAAUCGAGUGUUGGACCAACUGAAGAAGGCUCAAGCCAACAUCUCGAUUUGGGGAUUGCUGAUGGCCUCACCAACUCACCGAGAAGCAGUUUUGAAGGCGCUCACCAAGUCACUCUUUUUCUCAGAAGAAGACUUACCUCCAGGAGGGAAGAAUCACAACAGGGCACUUUACAUCACCGUAGAAUGUAACAAAAAUCAAGUCCCUCAAGUCUUGAUCAACAAUGGAUCUGCUCUCAAUGUGAUGCCUCUCAGAGCUGCAAGAUGCAUGGGACUCCCCCUUGACAAACUGAAGCCAUCCGCCACGACCAUCAGGGUAUAUGAUAAUUCCAGGAGGGAGGUGAUCAGGAUUCUCACCACAACUAUUAGGGUGGGACCUGGCUGUUUCGCCAUUGAUUUUCAAGUCAUCGAUAUUCAAGCUUCUUUCAAUAUGUUACUCGGAAGGCCAUGGUUGCAUUCAACAGGAGUCUUGGCAUCCAGUCUCCAUCAGAAGCUGAAAUUCAUACAUGAACAGAAAGUGAUUACUAUUUUUGGAGACCCAGAAAUGGUACACACUUUGGCCAACAUAAAGGUGGGACGCUCAUCCAUACCAGAGGCACGAGAAGACUUUCCCUACUGCGGGAACCGUGAGCCAUGGUUCGAUCAAGAAAAAGGCCAUCUUCUGCUAGGGUUUGAGAUAUUAUUUGCAGAGGAAAUUGACUGGAUAGCCAUGGAACUCAAUCAAGCAAGCAAGGAAGGAAUUCAGGGAGAUCAAGGGAUUGGCGAGCUGUUCGUAGUAGCAGUGAUCAUCGAGGAAGAAGAAGAAGGACCAGCACCACAACUCCUCAUCCAACCUCUUCAAGGAUCCAUAGCAAAUUGGGCAAGGAUGAUGAAAAUUUUCCAUAUCGAUGGGUCUGAAGUUAUAGCCAGUUCUAGCUUAGUCCUAUCUGAGUCUGUCGUUGAGUCUGUAUCUGAGUCUCCUAAGGAAGUUGGAAAUGACCAGUCUGUUGAGUUUGUUUGUACUCUUCCUCUUAUCAGGAAUGAAAUUGCUGAUUCCAAGUAUGAUUCAUCUUCGUCUUCUUCUUCUUAUUCCUCCGAGGAUGAUAACAUUCUCGAACAUCAUAAACUGUUGGAACAAUUGGAGCAAAGAAGAGCUCAACCCGUCCGAGAGGACACAAAUCUCAUAAAUUUGGGAAAUGACCAAUGCCCUCGAAUGAUUAAAAUUGGUUCUUCCCUCAAUAAUGACGAAACAUCCCAAAUGGUCUCUCUCCUCAAGGAAUUUGAGGAAGUGUUCGCCUGGUCCUAUAAGGACAUGCCUGGUGUUGACCCAAAGAUCGUGCAACAUAGGUUACCUACAUACCCAGAUUCCAGCCCAGUCAAGCAAAAGCUAAGAAGGAUGCGACCAGAAUGGAGUGAAAAGAUCAGAGAGGAGAUCAUCAAGCAAUGGAAUGCAGGAUUUCUCCAAGUGACUCAGUACCCUCAGUGGUUGUCCAAUAUUCUAUCGGUUCCUAAGAAAGAUGGAAAGGUCCGAAUGUGUGUUGAUUUUCGUGACUUGAAUAAGGUCAGCCCUAAGGAUGAUUUCCUGCUACCCCACAUCGAUAUAUUGGUUAAUAAUACUGCAGGCCAUGGCCUAUUGUCCUUCAUGGACGGUUUCUUAGGCUACAACCAAAUAAGUAUGUGUCUAAAGGAUAGGGACAAGACGACGUUCACCACACCAUGGGGGACGUUUUGCUACAAGGUGAUGCCCUUUGGGUUAAAGAAUGCUGGGGCAACAUAUCAAAGAGCGGCCACGGCUAUACUUCAUGUCAUGAUACACAAAGAAGUGGAGAAAUGUGUAUUUGGGGCAAGAGCAGGAAAGCUGCUGGGUUUCCUUGUUAGUGAGAGGGGGAUAGAGGUGGAUCCCGACAAGAUAAAGGCCAUCACCGAAAUGCCACCACCAAGGAUAGAGAAAGAAGUGCGAGGGUUCUUUGGUCGCAUCCAGUAUAUCAACAGGUUCAUAUCCCGCUUAACUACGACGUGUGAACCCAUCUUCAAACUUCUAAGGAAGAAGGAGCCAAAGGAGUGGAAUGACGACUGUCAGGAUGCCUUCAUACAAAUCAAAGAGUAUUUGCUUUGUCCCCCUAUACUGAUCCCUCCCGUGUUGGGUGAACCCUUACUCCUAUACCUGUCGGUGGGAGAAGCAUCGAUUGGAUCGAUAAUGUCACAAAUUAACCAAAGGGAUGGAGAAGAGCAUGCAAUCUCCUAUUUGAGCAAAAAAUUAUUAGAGUAUGAAACUCGCUAUACUCCGGUGGAGAAAACAUACACUUCCCUGGUAUGGGUGACCAGAAGGCUGAGGCAUUACAUGGUAUCGCAUCCAGUCAAGUUGGUUUCGAAGAUGGAUCUAAGCAAAUAUCUCUUCGAGAAGCCUGUGCUAACUGGAAGAAUGGCCAGGUGGUUAUUGUUAUUAUCCAAAUUUGACAUAAUUUAUGUUAAUCAAAAGUUGGUAAAAGGGCGGGCAAUCUCGGACCAUUUGGCGGCAUUCCCUACAAAGUCUGAUUUGCAGCCUAUAGAGGACUCCUUCCCGGACGAAGACUUGCAAUUCGUAGAAGGUAGUCAAAAUGAAGAGUGGCAGUUACAUUUUGAUGGAGCCGCAAACCAAAAAGGGUUCAAGGCAGGCAUCUUACUCAUAACUCCAGAAGAUUCUUACCUAUCCAUGGCAUUUCGGUUGGAGUUCAGUUGCACCAAUAACAUAGCGGAAUACGAAGCUUGUGUUAUAGGGUUGGAAAUGGCCUUGUCUGUGGGAGUAAAAAAAAUAAAAGUUUAUGGAGAUUCUUCUGUUGUGAUCUGUUAA